AUGACUGCAGUAGAUCGCCUUACUGUAAACGAUACAGCAUUCAAUAGUAAUCAAGAGUACAACUUGCCUUAUGCCAGUGAAAUAUUGAAUGUAACCGGUGCUGCAGCCAAUGCUGUGAUCAGUGGCCUCAAGUUGACUGCAGAUGACGCCGUGGACGACAACCUUGAAAGCUUCAGCCAUCACUCGCGUCAUAACGAUAUAGACGAUGGUCUCACCACAGAAGAUGAAGACGCACUAGAAUCUGUACAAAAGAAAUCUGCUAAUGAUACGAAAUCGAAAGAUACCCAUGCAGAUAAUUAUUUGAGACAAGACAGAAAUUCUUAUGCUUCCAGGCAUCCAAUCAAUACCAUAAAGACAUCUCAGCAAUCGAAGGAACCAAAUAUUGCUUCUACAGCUGCAGCUGCUGCCGCCGCCGCUGCAGUUGCAGUUGCAAAUACUUCACCUAUUUUAAAGGUUCAAGAAACGCUAGAAAACAAAUUAAAUGAACUCAUCAAUCGACUUCAAGUAAUAGAUAACAACAUUAACAAGAGUGAUUCCUAUCGGAGUGAACAGAAUUUACUUCAAACACAAAAUAAACUUCAAGAACAAGUUCAUAGUCUAGUCAAUCAGCUUGAAGGCUUAGAACAGCAGAGAGAUGUUGAUAGAAAAAGUAAAAGUGUACUCGAAAAAGGUCACCCCGUAAGCACGUCCAAGUUGUUACCUUCUCCAACCGAUAAUGAUGGUAAUGCUAUCGCACCAAAUGACAAUGUUCAAUCGCAGUCAUUACACUAUAAUAACAAUCGGUUAAAUGUUACUCGUGAUGUUAUGGCAAACACUGUUAGAUCAGAUAUAAAGAACAGUAAUAAUAAUCAAUACGCUUUGGCUAAAUUUGUUGGUCCACGCACCAAUCCUCCUAAGCCAAUUGAAAAAAAUCACUCCAAGCAAGCUAGAAAAAAAGAAAAUCACGAAAGAGGCAAACUGUUAGCAGAAAUACUAUCAUCUGAAAGUUCUCCAUCGUCAGUUCAUGAUGAAAAUCGUUUAGGCAGUCAGUUAUCCAAGAAGUCAAUACCUAGUACGAAGAUUAAGUCUAAUAAAUCAAAAAAUUCUGUUAGCGUAAACAUUGGUAAUUACGGAGAAACUAAACCGCUAAAUUCCUACAUGUUGCCACACUCACAAUCAAGUAAUCGGAAGGAAGAUAUUCUGAUGGAAGUUAGUAAUCGGCAGAUAUGGAAUGGGAUAGGAAAAGCUGAAGAUGAUUUAAAAGAGAUACUCUCAACUUCGAACAUUAUUGAUAAUAAUUUGGAAAUUGUUUCGCAAGUGAGCCGCUAUCGGAAUAGCAUUUUUAGUAAGGUUGAAAACAUGAAAACAUUUCAAGAUAUAAGCACACAACGUAUUAAAAUGGAGGUUAGCAAUAGGAUUGAGAAUAUUACAGGUGAAAUAGAACCGGAGAUUGUAGCGGCUUUAACUAAAGUAGUAAUCCCCCAGAAUGAAAGUAAUAGUACAGGCGGGAAGAUAGAUGAAACUAAAAAAAUUGAUACCGUCAAGGGUCAUCGACGAUUUCUGAAAGGCAAAAAGGAAUCUAAUAAAAAGGUAGAAAAUGAUUUCGCUGUACAUAAAUCCAAAAAGGGAAAGGUGAAUAACUCUAUUAAUGGAGACAAGACUAGCCUUAAAGAAAGGAUGCAAUCUCGAAUAGGGCUUGAAAAGGGAUUACACAGGAGAACCAGUAACGAUACCUCCAAAUUCAAUAUGGGCGGAAAUUAUUAUAAAGCAGAACCUAGGCGUCAACGGAUUGAUUGUUUACCUAAUUAUGAGUCAAAGGUAAUUCCUUUAGGAUACCCUAUUAUAUCUAAUUCUGUAACGGUAGAGGAUACACACAAGCCUAUGAAAGACAGCCAAGAUCUUAAUAAUUUAAAAUCGAGAGAAAAUAACAGUGCGCAGUCGGUUAAUCUGUGCAAAGACGAAAAUAUUAAAGAAAAUGUUGAUAUUCAUGUAGAAGAAAGAAAGAGCCCUCAAGUAGAGGAACAAGUCAUUGACCAUCCUGUUAAUAAGGACAGAAAAGCCGAAUUACAAACUGUGUCGCAUGAGGACAAGCCGUCUUCAUUCAGUAGUGAAACUGAAGAAGAGAUUCCAAUCAGGAAUGGAAACAGUGAUAAAAAUUUGGUAAUGUCGUUAUCCUUGCAAGGAGCACGUCUCCAACCGAAAAAUAAAUCUCCUUCAUACAACGCUGAGCCUAGAAAUCGGUAUAUCAGCGGUAAAUACUUUGGUGAAACAAAUAUUCUAGAAUCGGAACAACAAUUGCAAAUAAUGAUACGAAAUAAUAUAGUUGAUUGGGUUGAACAGGAACUGAUUGCAAGAAUAGUUUCAGAGGCUGUAAACCAAAUGGGAUCUCGAGGUUUGCAGUUACUAAUUGAUGCCGGAAGUUCUAUCAAUCAUGAAGCAGUAGAAAACCUAGUAUCAGAGGUUUUGACUGAUAAAUUGAGAGAUCAGAUGGCCGGAGCACAAGUUGAAGAUGAAUCUGAACAUAAUCUAAUAUUAGAUAAAACAGUUCUAACGCCUCAACCAACACCGCCAGAAUCAGAUUCAGACCAUGAAUUUAAUGUGAUUGAAGCUCCCAAUGUAUAUACACCUCCAAAAUCGAAUGCUUCUUCAUCGACAUCAUCUGAUCUAGAACAAGGACUAGACACUAUAGUAAAAAAUGAGGAUAAUGCAUACGAUGAGCGUAGCAUUGAUAGUGAAAAUUUAACAGAAAAUAAUCCACAAAAAGAUAUAGAGGAUUCAAAAUUUCAAAAGCCGGACCUGGAUACACCAAUUCUGAGUCCUUCUGCAACGCCUCCUCCUUCGGAAAUCGAAAUGGUUCCUCCAGUGACUCCUACUCCGUCUGAGUCUGAUAAAGGAUCAAUGAAUAUAGCGAUGGAGGACCUUUCACUGACUUCGGAAUCAAGCCAGAGUGAUGACGAUCUUAACCAAACCGUAAUUGCUAGCCAUAAGUACGGUGGCACCACUCGAAUUUAUGAUGAAGAUGAAGAAUACAAUUCGCAACAUCAAGUUUAUACUUCAGUUUCUGAAAAGCAAAUGAUCGAAGGAAUAGACAAGAGUGCAGUAAUUGCGCCUAGACCUAUUAGUUAUUUUUCCACUUCUGCUGAAAUUGCUAACGAUGACGAGUUAUCAGUAAUACAAGAACUGCAACAUUCCGAGCUGUCGAAUACAGAAGUCGAGAAAGUUGUAGAUGAAGGAAAAGUUAGCCCUAAGACCAUGUCAGAGUCUAGCUCUAUAGUUACAACAAAUGAUACGUAUGGAGAUGGUAUUUCGGAAGGGGAAUUGUUGACGAACGAAUCAACUGCGUAUGUAGAGUCGCGGAGUGAAGGAGAAUUUGUGCAUAAGAAUAAAAUUCAGAAGGAUGCACGGCCACAUUAUGAAGCCGGUGAAAUGAUUAAUACCUAUGUCUAUUCUAUCAAUUCUCGAAGAUUAAUUGAAGCUAUUCUGGAUGAUGAACUACCAACCGAAAGCGCUAGUAGUGACACAGUUAUGGAUAACACACUAAGUGAAGUUAAUCCAUUACCUGAUGAUGAUGGGAGCUGCUCAAGCGAAGGUGAAAUUUCGCCUGGUGCUAGGCAAGUUAAAGUAUCAAGCAUUGACCAGGUAGAAUUCGACAAUGAUGGCAGUGAAGGUCAGCUGAGUGUUGGACAGGUCAAUAUCGAAAAGAUUAACCCUACAUUAACAAAAGGAGACGUUGCAAAAUCAUCAAAUCGUAACUAUCCAGACCAUAUAGAUGAUGGCAAUGUAGAGUCCACGGCAAUUGGUGGCAUCAGAUAUGUUACGCCUAUAUCAGCAACUACAGAAAUACCUGCAACUGAUAUUAGGCCAAAACUGCCGGACAAACUAGAAACAGAAAUAUUAGACUGUCAUUCAUCCAGUCCUUCAGAAUUAGAGCCGUUAGGCGCUAUUGCAGCAGGAACUGACGGCAUGGAAUUUGUGACGGAGGAAGAAGACAAGGAUCAAUCAAGAGUUUUUAUGCGUUCUGAAGAGAUAUACGAUAAUGAUAAGGAAGAAGCAGAUAUUUCAGUUUUAUCAAUGGAUGACAUUGAUAGUAUAUCUGGUUAA